GGAGAGUCGCCGUGCCUAGACCGACCUCGAGGACCGUCGCCAUGCGUCGUGUACCGCUGCUGCUCGUGCUGGGCUUGCUGUUCGUGCUGGGCUUGCUGUUCGCUGGCCCUGUCGCCCCUUCGCGCCUCAUCUCGAAGCGCCCUUCCCAACUUGGUGGCUUCUCCUGGGAUAACUGUGAUGAAGGAAAGGACCCUGCAGUGAUCAAAAGCCUCACGCUCCAACCUGACCCCAUUGUCGUUCCUGGAGAUGUGAUCGUCAGUGCUGAGGGCAAGACCAGCAUUCCCCUCACUUCUCCUCAGAAGGUGGAGCUCACCGUGGAGAAGGAAGUGGCUGGCUUCUGGGUCAAGAUCCCUUGCGUAGAACAGCUAGGAAGCUGUACCUAUGAGAAUGUCUGUGACCUGAUAGACCAAUACAUCCCCCCUGGAGAGACCUGCCCAGAGCCGCUGCACACCUACGGGCUGCCCUGCCAUUGUCCCUUCAAGGAAGGCACCUACUCACUGCCUUCGAGCAACUUCACAGUGCCUGAUCUGGAGCUUCCAAGCUGGCUAAGCACGGGCAACUACCGCAUCCAGAGCAUCUUGAGCAGCGGUGGAAAGCGCCUGGCCUGCAUCAAGAUUGCCGCCUCUCUCAAGGGCAAAUAACCAGGCAGCAGCCACCAUAGAAUGAAAGGGCACCAGGAAGGCAUGCUUCUUCUUCUGUGUUCCGGGGCCCAGAGCUGCCUGCCUCUAACUCCGUUCUAUGGUUCUCUACCCUUUCUGCAAAUCACGACAACCUGACCUGAGGGAGGAUGGACCAGGCGGGUCUCGACAUCUGUUGGGCUGUACGCCAUGCUCCUUCGCACCCCUACCAACUUUCUAAGAGUUUCUCUCAUGUCCCAAACAGUCAAGGAAUGGGAACCAACAUGUUAUGGAAUCUUAAGUUCAAGCUGGCCCAACAUGGGCCUCCUGAAGCUAUGCUCACCCCACCUCUUCGUUUUAGCCACCAACUUAAAAACCAAGAUGACAGUAUUAAUCUCUCAUUCCACCCUAAACCUCUCAUCCAGCAAAGAGGUCUAGGUAGCCAGUCUUAGGUCUGCCCCCCUAUUAACUUCCAUGAUUAACUACAUUCCCUUUGCAACUUGCCUAGCCAACACUGGGGCUGACAGAUCCUGAAAGGGCAGGAUGGCGUGUGACAGAAACCCUGGGAGAGUUAUUGUUGGGCAUGCCCCAUUAACCUCAGUAAAGCACAGGUGCCCAGGGCCAAGCAGAUCGAGGGAGCCAAAGCAGUCACUCCCAGGAGCGAUGCCCACUUUUCUUCCUUUGGUAUGACGCAUACAGAAUGGGAUGACAUUCCUUAUACCUGACAAGAAACAAAACUGAAACCCCAACAGCACAUGUGCUCCAGUGCCAGGAGGCCAGGGUCUGGAAUGGCAUGUCUAGUCCUGGAGGUACAGUCCAGUGACCUGUAAGUGCCAUGUAAGGAAUGUUACCGGAUAUUUGCAACAGUUUUCUUCCUUAGGCCCCAAACCCCAGACUUUUCUAUGAAGUCUUAGAUUUUUUAACUAUUAGAAACAAAUUGUUUUUUAUAUACUGUUCAGGCCAAAGGGGCCACGUGGACUUGUCUGGGGGGUGGGGGGGGACAUAGCUGGCUCACAGGUGGCUGCUUUUUUUCUCACACCUGUUCGUCUUCUCAGUCUCAAGUUAUCUGACUUCAUUUCUCUCCCCCUCAAGGUCAAGUCCUUGGUACCAGACCUCAGAGAGGGCUCAGCCUGCACUGGAGCAGGUCUGCAUGGCCUCUGAGAGCUGGGCCCUGUGCCAGCCUCAGAGCCCCAUCACCAUCAGGGUAUAGGGGUUCACACUGGAGUGGAUCUCCCCACCCCCACCCCCCAGCAGCCACCUUGUGGAACAGGGGUCCCAUGUAGAGAGUGGAUCCCACACCGGGUUGUACCAUGACAACUUCCUGAGCCUCCGUCAGCCCGGUUCUGGACUGCAAGACUAGUCUGUCAAUAAAUCUUCUUAACUUGC